AUGCCAUCUCUUCUUUCUUCUAGCAAAGCGAUUGGCUUAGAGUCUGAUAGUGCAGUAAUCGGACAGAUUUUUGCCCGACUUCUCGAGUACCUUGAUGAGCUCCAUGCAGAUUCUAGUUCGCAUAGUCAACGUGCUUUAUCUCGCCUAUACCUGCCUAUUUCCCAACUGAUUUACGCUGUCAUCGAUACGGCUGCAGCAGCGAUGGCAUCUCUUCAUGAGUCACAGCCCACAGAACAUGGUAGUUGUACUAUUCGUGGAACGAACAAUCUUUUAUUGGGUUCAAUCCCAACAGCUUCCUCUUCUAGCAUUCUGAGUGACCAGUUAGUCAUCGGCCUUCCAAGAGCUGCGCUCGUCUACCUCGGCUGUCUGCCUCCCUUAGGCGAUUUUGAUUUGAAUCCACCCACAGCGACGAUUUGCGAUUUGCCUCAAUCUCUAGGUAACUUGCGAGCAGAAAUGUAUCAUCACUUAUUUCGGCCCGGACCUCACGUCUUUAGUUUGCUUGCUACAUACCUUCUGCGGCAAUCGCGCGACAUUCACACUCCAGGCCAGUCACACUCUUUUGGGGCUGAUGAGCCAGUGACUAUCUGGUGGCAGCAUUUUCUAUCUCGACUGACUACGGACUCUUCCGAUUCUUAUCUAAGAGGUGACCAACAGGUCAGUCAUCGCGUUGUUCAAUUGCUUUGCUUGUUGGCUGGCCAGCCUUAUGGGCUAACAGGGAAAAAGUCAUUGCUUCAUUGCCUAAUCGCCAACCUACCAUCUGCCCUUGAUGUGGAAGCUAGAGGCAAAAUUCUGAAUUUGCAGAAAUGCUGCCUGAUGCUGGUGCUGCUUCGUUACCAAUUGCAUCACCUCUACGACCCACCAGGGCACUUGGCUGAUCAGUUGCGUCCCUUCCUCGGUCUAUUGGGCCGCUCGUCUGCCACUACUGAUGAAGUAUGGCAGUUCUCCCGAUUGAAGAUUCGCGCCUCUCGAUUCUCAAGCUGGUUUACUGUCCACCGGCCGGAAUAUUUCUACGACCUUUUGCUG